CUGGCCGGGACCACCGAAUCGGUUUAAUCGUAUGUUUUCCUCGCUAGGAAAUCAAUCGAUUCGCGGAGCAACCGUUCGAGAGUAGAGAGAUCGAGUGUUACGUUCACUGUGAAGUGUUGUGACGUUUCUUUGAAUCGAACGUUUUCUCCGGUUGUUAUUCACCUUUUGGAUAAUUUACGUGCCAGUUCUGCGCGAGUGUCGUUAUUUAUUUAUUAAUAUACUACAGUAUUUACUUUCGUUGAACCAACACCAUGGCUCAACAAAUGAUAUGCGUAGAGGACUUCGAGAAGUAUGCUUCUACGCACUUAACACCCUCCGUAAGGGAUUAUUAUAAUUCUGGAGCUGGUGAACAAUUUAGUUUAAGACUGAACACGGAGGCUUUUAAAAAAUACAGGAUAAGGCCCAGAUUCUUAAGGAAUGUUUCCAGAAGAGACUUGACUACCACGAUUUUAGGAGAGAAAAUCUCAAUGCCAUUGGCCGUUGCACCAGCGGCUAUGCAACGCAUGGCACAUCCGGAUGGCGAAUGUGGAAACGCCAGAGCUGCCCAAGAAGCAGGUACAAUUUACACGCUUUCAACGAUAUCAACAAGUAGCAUUGAAGAAGUGGCCGAAGCGGCACCAAAAGGAAUAAAAUGGUUCCAGCUGUACAUAUAUAACGAUCGUAAUGUUACCCUAAAUUUAGUCAAACGAGCAGAACGUGCUGGUUUUAAAGCUCUCGUUCUUACCGUUGAUGCACCAUUGUUCGGUGACAGACGAUCUGAUAUUAGGAACAAAUUCAGUCUUCCAAAUCAUUUGAGAUUAGGUAAUUUUCAGGGAGAAUUAUCGAGUAAAAUAAAUAAUGCGAAUUCUGGUUCUGGACUCAGUGAAUACGUCACAAAUUUGUUCGAUGCCUCUUUAUCUUGGGAGGAUAUCAAGUGGCUCAAAAGUAUUACAAAUAUGCCGCUCGUUUUGAAAGGAAUUUUAACACCACAAGAUGCGCUCUUAGCAAUUGAGAAUAAAGCGGAAGCGAUCAUUGUUUCGAAUCACGGUGCUAGACAAGUUGACGGUAUUCCCGCAACGAUUGAGGCAUUGUCGGAAAUAGUAAAAGCUGUAAAUGGUAGAUUAGAAGUUUACAUGGAUGGAGGUGUGAGGCAAGGAAUUGACGUUUUAAAAGCGCUUGCUUUGGGCGCAAAAAUGGUAUUUGUUGGCAGACCUAUGUUAUGGGGUCUGUCUUAUGAUGGUGAGAAGGGUGCUAGGCAAGUUCUCGAAAUUUUUAGGAAGGAAAUUGAUUUGGCAUUUGCACUAACAGGCUGUGCGACUGUUCAUGAUGUUCAGAGAGACAUGGUACAGCACGAAUCUUACUACAGCCAUUUAUAAUGGAAGAAUUUAAGGUGUGAUUACUGUAAUCAUUAUAAGUUCACUUAAAAAUUAUCGGCCACUUUGGUGAAUGUAAUUUGUAAAGCGAUUUCAAAGUUACUUGAAGAUAACUUCAAGAUUACUUCAAGAAUAUUUCAAAAUGACGACAAGAUCUCAUCAAAGAUGACUUCAAGAUCACUUCAAGGUUACUUAUGUUAUGCUUAUGUUAUUAGCAAUUAGUGUUCUUUACGCCUAUG